GGGGAUUCAACAUGGAGACAACAGUUGAAAAGCUUGAGGCGAUGUUCCUGAAGUCAGAGGCAGACCUGGACUACAUUGAGAAGCGCCUCAAGCUGGACUUCAUCAACAGCGCAGCAGAGAAUGGAUGUCCUGCUGAGGAGAACCCGGCAGUGAUGCUAGAGAACCUGAGAGCCAUCAAGGCCAAACACACAGAGCUGUGCUCUCAGGUGAAGGAGAUCGCAGCUGCACAAAAAGAAUCGAUGGACUCCAUCAGAAAUAACCUCAGUAGUGCCAUGGAGCUGGUCCAACACUUCCAGCAGACUACUGAUGUGGAGGUCCAGCCACUGACGGAGUCAGAGCAGAAGUCAGCCGAGCUCCUGGGUUCAGCUGUCACUGACACCACGACACAGGUGCCUCCUGCUGAAGCAGCCUCUGGCCAACAGCAGCCACUGAGCUGUGAGUACGAGGAGGUGAGUGAAGCCAUGUUGGAGGCGGUUCCACUCAGCAUGCGCUCCAACAUUAAGCUGGCUGACCUCAAUGUGUUCUACCAGCAGCUGCAGCAGCACCUCAGCAAAGACAGUGGCUCCCUCAGUAUGCAGAAGAUAAAGCAGUUGAAGAUGAAGGUGAGCGAUACCAAGCUGAAGGUCUUGCAGCACCUUUCUUUAGUGGAACUGGACAAGAAAGGCCACGUUCGCCUCAUCAUGUGAGGAGAAUCAACAGUUGGAGACUGUUGAGUGGGUGGGUGCUGUCACUGCUGCAUUUGGCUGCUCCUGCCUCUGAACCUGGAGUGUUGAGGAUGAGCUUACUGAAGAAUCAGACUGCAGAGGCUUUGGGGCCAUGAGCACACCAGACAAGCCCAGUCCAGAUUUCCCAGAAGAAUAUACAACCAUUUUUAGAUCAGAAACAUGAGUAUCAGCACAUGUAUCGAAACAUUUCAUACCCUAAGAGAAGUCUUCUUCUCUCCUACAGCUGAUAAUGCACAGCUCUAGAACAAAGUCACAUUAUUAGAGUUGUGAUAAUUGCAUGGACGUCAUUCUUGAUAAAUGUCUUCAUAUAUCUGCAUAUCGGUGAUGCUGAUAUUUUGUUAUACAGCAGUCUGACUGUCAGUAAGUCAAAGGGGAGAUAUUUCUGUAACCCAAAGGAGCAGUAUUAAUGUCAUUAACGGGCACAGGCUAACAGUGUCUAACAGUUACAUUCACCUUUACACCUGUGGACAAUUCAGUGUCCAUAACAUUCAAGAUGUUUUUGAUGAGAGGAGAAAAAUUUUGAAGUUUAUGGGCAUUAACAUCUUUUGCUUAGACCUGUGUAGGGCUGUAACCAACCUAAGAAAAUCCCGGUCAACUGAAAUUCUACCUGCUCUUCAACAAUUGAUUGGUUAGUGGAGAAAAAAUUCUGCAUGUUAUCUCUAGAGUAACUUAAUUGCCACAGUGCACUGAGUGCACUCUACCUGGCGGCGUUGUGUGUUCACCAAAGUGUUUUUUUUCCCUGUUGCAGAGCUCGACAUUAACACUUGCCCAGGGCAAGUUAACUCUGUGUUCAGGCUAAUGGAAUGCCUCAAGUGAAAAAUAAAUGUGAUGUCCACUGUAAUAUUAUCUAAAAAAUAAAGUGUGCACUGUAAUGCUUUGCCAGCUGGGCUGCAUGCGUGAGUCCAUCUCUAAGGAUCCUUGUAGCUUUAUGGUAGAUGUUCUUGAGCCUCUCAGUGCUGCCUGGUGAAACUGAUACCUUCUUCCUGACCUCAGUAGGUAGAAAAAGCAGUUAUCCUUGUGGUUGAGAUCUUUAAUGUUUCUCCUGGCCUUAUUUUUGUAGUGUUUGGAGUAAAAGUCUUUUUAUGUAGCAUAGCGCAGCGCUUAUAGAGUGUUCAGAUAAAGGAACCACUCUUUGCGGGGCCUUGUGGUCCUGUUAGGUGCUGUUUACGUACCAGGCAGUGAUGUGUCCGUCAUGAUGCACUCUAUAGUGCAGGAAUAAAAAAUCCUUAGUAUUUCAGGGGAUACCCAGAAUUUCCACAGGUGUCUCAGGUCAAACAGUCUCUGCCUUGCUUUUCAGCAUGCAGUGCCCAGCUAUAGGUACUUAAGGGUAUACACCCUCUCCACCGAGGACCCAUUUAUAUUUGAUUUUUCGAAUUAAAAUUUAGAGUUGAUAAAUGUUUAACUGUGGAUAAAAGGCUGCACUCGUCAGUGUCACCAGCCGUCCAAUCUCAGUGAAGAAGGGGCAGGACAAGACCACAAAGAGCAACUGUCAAAGAGGACAAAUGCAAGUGCUGAACGACAACAACCAAUGUUUUCAGCUGUGAAAAGAACUCUUUGGUGGACACGUGGCCUUAUUAAAGUAACACCAGUGAUUGUACACCCAGUGGUUGGACAAAAGCAUAUUGACCAACCAGUCGAACAACUGACCAGAAGGUGACAGCCCAAGACUUGUGUUCCCCUGUGGAGAGGACAGGGAGGGGACCCUGUGGGCUGUUUAAGUGGAAAGAUGGUGUUGUUUUAAAAUCAGACGGUGUCUUUGGUAUAUUUUUAUUUCCUUAAACAUCCUUAAACAGCACAAUAUGAAAUAAAAACUUUUGCACAGAG